CACCACGCCGCCGCCGCGCGGAACCCGCCCCCCCGCGCGCGCCAUGGCGCUGGCGGCCGCGGGCGCGGCGCAGCUGGUGCGCUGCGGGCAGAAGGACGAGCUGUACCGCAGCGGGCUGCGCAGCGGGGCCGGCGCCGCGCUGCACGGGCUGGCGGGUGCCAAGAAGUGGCUGGAGUGGAGGAGGGAGGUGGAACUGCUCUCUGAUGUCGCCUACUUCGUCCUUACCACCCUGUCGGGUUAUCAGACUCUGGGUGAAGAGUAUGUGAACAUUGUUCAAGUUGAUUCAACCAAGAAAAGGGUACCUUCUUUCCUUCGACGGGCCAUCUUCGUUUCCCUUCAUGCUGUAGUGCCCUAUUGCUUAGAAAAGGGGUUACUGCACCUGGAACACGAGUUGCAGGCAGAAGCUGAUGAGUCCAGAAUCUCGCAGAGCAACCCAGCACUUGGCUUAUCCAGUAGGACCUUGAUACGAAACUGGGUACAGAAACAAGUUGGGGAGCUUACAGAACAGCAGAAGAAAACGGUCUUACAAAUAGUAUAUCUUCUUAAACAAUGCAUACCUUUGCUUCAUCGGCUACAUCUGGCAGUAUUCUACAUACGUGGCACUUUUUACCACCUGUCUAAAAGAAUCGCAGGAAUCACAUACCUGCGUUUUGGAGGACUGCAAGGAGACGAUCAGAGUAUUCGAUCAAGUUACAAGUUUCUUGGAGUAAUUUCACUCUUCCAUCUCCUUCUAACAAUUGGUGUUCAGACAUACAGCUUCAAACAGAAACAGAGAGCCAGGCAGGAAUGGAAACUACACCGCAACCUAGCUCAUCAGAAAAAUGUGACCAAGGAUAAAACUACUGGGCGCCACUCCCACUGCACUUUGUGUCUGGAAGAACGGAGACACACAACAGCCACACCUUGUGGCCACCUGUUCUGCUGGGAAUGCAUCACAGAGUGGUGUAACACCAGAACAGAAUGUCCACUGUGCAGAGAGAAGUUUCAUCCUCAGAAACUGAUCUACCUGCGUCACUAUCAACUGUAAAGGAAAAGAUCUAUUCUCUUUCAUGACAAGGACCUCAGCUCUCAUACCCUUUAUAAAGUUGUCACACAGCUUGAGUUAGUCCAAGAAAAAGACUUUAUUAUAAAACUGGUAACUGCCUGUGCAAGGUGAGGUGGUGCUUCAUUCCUGUUUUACAGAAUCUAUUUCUGCCUCUACCCUUCUGUUUCUUCUAACAUGGUUCUCAACCACAAUAAAAAUGUCUUUCUAAAAAAAAAUCCUUAACACAAAUGUAGUAGUUUUCUUCACUUUGGGCAAUUAAAAAUUUAAAUCAGAUUCUUAUUCUCUAAAUAUGUGUAGGUAAUGAGUCUUCCAACCUUUCACAGCAUGCAUAAGGUAUCGGUAAAAUUCUGCAAUUUGUAAGACUCCCUUUCUCCUGUAA